CUCCCAAGUUUCUUCCACUCCACCAAGCAUAGCUCCUCCCAAUUCAAAAAAGAAAAAGGUGUAGCUCUUCUGGUGCCAUGAGAUUCCCUGUCUUCUCCAAAGGCUCUCAUGCUUUCUCCUCCUCUCUCUAAAGGUUGACCUGUCUAGUAGAGAACCGUGGAGCUUGUUCAAAGCGAGAGAGAGAGAGAGAGAGAGAGAGAGAGAGAGAGAGAGAGAGAGAGAGAGAGAGAGAGAGAUUUGGGCCAGUGGGUGCUUGGUGUUGCUUUGUGGGGGAAGAGAGAGCUAGCAUAUCGGAAGAUAUGGAUAGGGGGCUCGUCCAGGGAUCAUCACCACUAGUGGGGGAGAUGGGGGAAGGCCAUGGAUGGCGGGGCGUGAAUAAUUUGAGACCCCCCUUUGAGCAGAACAAUCCUUCUAUUUCCUUGCCCUCCACCAGCACAUCAACCUUCUCAUCCCCGAUCAAUUCGUUCUCAUCUCUGCUCCUCUCGAAUCAUUAUCCACUGCCUACAACCAGCACUGCGCCUUGGAACGACAGCAGCAACAGCAACCAUGCUCAGCAGCUCCAAGAUCCAUGGAAUAAUCUCUUCAUGCCAACCAAUGGUGAACUUGCUAAUGAUGAGGAGAGGCACAAGACUUUGGAAGGCCAGGCGCUGUUUCCAGCUACAACCACCGGAGAAGGAGAAGAGGGCGAUGGGAGCAGCGCCGCCGGCCACAUCUACAGCAACACCGCUAGGCAUGGGAGCAGCCUAGCUGGUGAUGAGUUCCAAUUGGUAAUGUCCUCUCCAUCUCCAUGGUCCAGGGGUGUUCAGCACUACCACCACAACACCCUGCAGCAGCAAGCUUCCUCCGCCUCCACCACCUCCCUCGGAAACAACAUGCUGGACUUCUCAAACAACGGUUCACCACGUGAGUGCACGAGCACAGCAUCUGGAGCAGCUUUCAAGAAGGCUAGGACCCAAGAACCAUCCCCGGCUCAAUCUACUGUUAAGGUGAGAAAGGAGAAGCUAGGGGAUAGAAUAACUGCCCUUCACCAGCUCGUCUCCCCAUUUGGGAAGACUGACACUGCGUCUGUACUCCUUGAAGCCAUUGGGUACAUCAGAUUCCUACACGGUCAAAUUGAGGGCCUGAGCUCGCCGUACCAGCUGGUCGGCGGCGGCGGCGACGGAGGUGGGGGCUCCGGCAGCUCCAAGCAGCGGCACCAGGCCAGCGUGCAACAAAAAGAAAAGAGCAGCAUAUUUCCAGAAGAACCUGGCCAGCUGCUACAUGGCGAUGCCACGAGGAAGAGAGGACGCCCUGAUCAGGACGAAGACAGCUGCGAGGAAGCAAUGACGAAGGACCUGCGGAGCAGGGGGCUCUGCCUCGUCCCGGUGAGCUGCGCGCCGGACUUUGGCGCCGACGUCGGACCGGCUGACUACUGGACGGUGGCGCCGCCUUUCGGGAUGGGGUUCGGCCGGUAGAUGCAUGGGGUUAACGAUCAUGUAAGUGGUCGUCGAAGCUGCCGGGAGCCGGGAUACAUACCUGUCUUGCAUGCAUGGGCUGCAUCGCGUCGAGAGCAGCCAUCCUGUUGAAAAAUUCUUGAUGUACAUUCGUAAUGGUGGAUCCAAGAGAGGAUGGUAUAAGUGGUAGUUUGCGACCUGGUCGAAGUAGAGAUUGGUCAAAGUGCAUCGAUCAGGCAGAUGCUAGAGACUACGUAGUUGCAUUGUAUCAUCAUCAGAUAGCUAGCUAGAACCACCUUCGGAAUUCUUGUAAGUGAGCAUGCAAGCAUGCUUCUCACCUGCUUACAUGUCUGGAAUGGUCUGGUUGGCAAUGUGUAUCUCUGCUUAACUACUGCAAUGUGCCACAUUUAACAAAAGAAUUUCAUAUGUA